AUGCCCGCUACGACUGCACUCCUCGCUGUACUGGCGGCGUUGGUGCCGACCACCUUGGCCCAGGCAAAUACAAGCUAUAUCGACUACAACACGGAGCCCCAGCCAAGCCUCGAUUCCCAAACGCUUGGAAAGGUCAAUCUCGGAUUCCCCGAUUGCACCAACGGACCCCUGAGCAAUACUCUAGUGUGCGACACCUCUGCUCGUCCUCAUGAUCGAGCCGCCGCUCUCGUGUCGCUGUUUACAUUUGAAGAGCUGGUAAAUAGCACGGGAAAUACCAUCGCUGCCAUCCCCCGUCUGGGACUCCCGGCCUACGAAGUAUGGAGUGAAGCGUUACAUGGAUUGGAUCGCGGGAACUUCACCAAAUCUGGCGAUUAUAGCUGGGCCACAUCUUUCCCGUCUCCAAUUCUCUCCAUGGCAGCCCUGAACCGGACGUUGAUCAAUCAAAUCGGUGGGAUCAUCUCGACGCAAGCGAGAGCAUUCAAUAACAUUGGCCGAUUUGGUCUCGAUGUCUAUGCUCCCAACAUCAACUCUUUCCGCCACCCAGUGUGGGGUCGCGGCCAAGAGACCCCAGGUGAAGAUGCAUACUGCUUGUGUUCGGUAUACGCCUACGAGUACAUCACCGGUAUCCAGGGUGGUGUGGACCCCGAGCAUCUGAAAUUGGUGGCUACCGCUAAGCACUAUGCUGGCUACGACAUUGAGAACUGGGAUGACCAUUCCCGGCUUGGAAAUGACAUGAACAUCACUCAGCAGGAUCUAGCAGAGUAUUUCACCCCUCAAUUCCUGACUGCAGUUCGGGAUGCUCGAGUGCACAGUGUCAUGUCCUCGUAUAAUGCCGUCAACGGUGUUCCUAGCUCCGCCAACUCCUUCUUACUUCAAACACUUCUUCGUGAUACCUGGGGCUUUGUGGAGGAUGGGUAUGUCUCAUCUGACUGCGAUGCUGUGUACAAUGUUUGGAACCCUCACGAGUAUGCCGCAAACAUCUCGAGUGCUGCGGCAGAUUCUAUGAGAGCCGGAACGGACGUUGAUUGUGGAACAUCCUACCAGUAUCACUUGAACGAGUCUUUCUUCCAGGGCGAGAUUUCGCGCAGUGAGAUCGAGCGUGGCGUGAUCAGACUCUACUCCAAUCUCGCUAGCCUUGGGUACUUUGAUGGCAAUAACAGCCAGUACCGCGACCUCACUUGGUCCGAUGUUGUCACCACCAAUGCAUGGAAUAUCUCGUAUGAGGCCGCAGUGGAGGGUAUCGUCCUUCUCAAGAACGAUGGCACCUUGCCUCUGUCUAAGAAGACUAGCAGUGUCGCUUUGAUCGGCCCCUGGGCCAAAGCUACCACACAGCUGCAGGGCAACUAUUACGGAGCCGCUCCUUACCUUAUCAGCCCACUGAAUGCACUCAAGGCGUCAAAAAUGGACGUUACCUAUGCUCUUGGUACAAACAUCUCCUCCACUUCGACUGAAGGGUUUGCAGAUGCGAUCUCUGCGGCGAAGAAAUCUGAUGUGAUCGUUUUCGCCGGUGGUAUCGACAACACGAUCGAGGCGGAGGGAAUGGACCGACAGAACAUCACAUGGCCGGGUAAUCAGCUUCAGCUCAUCAAGGAGUUGGGUGGUCUUGGAAAGCCAUUGAUCGUGCUUCAGAUGGGCGGUGGUCAGGUUGAUUCUUCAUCCUUGAAAACUAACAAGAACGUCAACGCUCUCAUCUGGGGUGGGUAUCCCGGCCAAUCUGGUGGCCAAGCGCUUUUGGAUAUCAUCACUGGAAAGCGUGCUCCUGCUGGUCGCUUGACAACCACACAGUACCCAGCCGAGUAUGCACUGCAGUUCUCUGCCAUAGAUAUGAACAUGCGUCCUGCUGGCAAUAACCCAGGACAGACGUACAUGUGGUACACAGGAACACCAGUCUACGAAUUCGGUCACGGACUGUUCUAUACGACAUUCAAGACGUCCCUGUCUCGUGCCAAAGGCAGUGACGAUACGACUUCGUUUGACAUAGUCGAUCUCUUGUCCCGGUCUCACGAUGGUUACAAUGUGAUCGAGCAACUUCCAUUCCUCAACUUCACUGUCAGCGUCACCAACAGUGGUGGUGUUCUCUCGGAUUAUACCGCAAUGAUUUUCGCCAAUACAACUGCCGGUCCUAAGCCAUACCCCAACAAGUGGCUAGUUGGCUUUGACCGUCUCGGCUCUAUCAAGCCGCAUGCCUCUGAGGUGAUGACGAUUCCCGUCUCUCUUGACAACGUUGCUCGUACGGACUCGUUGGGCAACCGUGUUGUCUAUCCAGGAAAAUAUGAGCUGGCUUUGAACAACGAGCGCUCCGUUAUUCUGUCCUUUACGUUGACAGGCGACGAGACUGUUAUUUCAAAGUGGCCACUGGAUGAGCAGCAAAUUCCCCCAGCUUGA